AUGAGCGCCUUGCAGCUUGGCGUGCAACGACCGUGCGAUGUCUCGAUGGUCGUCGAACGGAAUGUGCGCAACAGUGCCACAUUGUCCAAGGCACAUCCAGCAACAGAGAAAGAUGUAGAGGGUGUGAGCGACGCGUCCGCAUCUGAUACCGAGACGCUUAGCGAAUUGCAAAGCUUGCAUACCGACGAACAAGACGGGGACGGCAUGCGUGAGGACUGUGAUGCCUCAUCGGAUGUAUCUGACGAAGAGCCUACAUUUAUCUAUGAGAAUAUAGGAUGGAGCAUCAAGGAUAUUCUCGCAAAAGACUCGAUCAGCGCAUUCGCCAUCUCGGAGGAGUACAUCGGUGUCGGGAUGCAGUCUGGGAUGAUCUAUGUGCUGAGCAAGGAAGGCGUCCUCCAGCGCGGCUUUUCAUUUCACACUGCUGCAGUGCACAGUUUGGUGUUUGACGCUUCCGGCAAAUUUAUUUCGAGUGCAGGGAUGGACGGCUACGUGACGAUAGCAGCAUUGCAUUCCUCCGAACAGUACCGGUUUAAUAUCGGGCGCCCUGUGCGCUCCGUUGCACUAGAGCCAAACUUUGCAAUGAAGUCUACACGCGCAUUAGCAUGCGGCGGAUUGAAUGGAGCGCUCGUCUACUCCGAAAAAGGAUGGUUUGGCCACAAGGAGACGGUACUGCAUUCCGGCGAAGGCCCGGUGUGGAACAUUGCAUGGCACGGCCGCUGGAUUGCAUGGGCGAAUGACUGUGGCGUGCGGAUUAUGGAUGCAAGUUCCCACGAAAUCAUCACCAAAAUCCCGAAGCAAAGCUUGAGUAUUCGCACGGAGCUCGCGCGGUGCACACUGCAAUGGCGCGACGAUACCACACUGCUUAUUGCCCAAGGCGAUCAUAUUAUGGUCGCAUAUAUUCGGGAAAAAGCGCCUAAAGCCACCGAGCAUGCCAUAGGACUCGGUGCGUUGAUCACAGGGUCACCCGCUGCGGCUUUCCAUGUCGAAAUCACCGACAUUUUCCAAAUGGACUGCCUUGUUUCGGGCCUUGGCCUGUACGACGACCAGUUCCUCAUUUUGGCGUAUACACUGAGUGAGGAUGCGCUGCAUGUGCUGCAUGAUGAGAGCGUAGGAAAGGCGCCGCUCUCUGGCGCGAACCCCGAACUGCGCACGGUGAAUAUGUACGGCGACGAGCAGAGCAAUGAGACGAUUGCGUUUCGCGAUGCUGAGCGAUGGCAGUGCAAUGACUAUCACCUAUGCACAUCGACUGAGCGUGUAUACGAUCCAGUCCAGAAAUCAGAUACCACGCGCCCCGUAUUUUUCUUGGCAAGCCCCUCACAGGUGACACUUGCACGCCCUCGCGGCAUGCGAGACCAUAUUGAUUGGCUUGUGCGCCAGCGCAAGUACCGUCCCGCGCUCGAUGCACUCGAUGCGCUGGGAGCCCAAGACGCCAAGGAUCUAGGCUACGAUGUAGGCAGUCUUGGCCUUGAGUACCUUUUGUACUUGAUCGACGAGCUUGGCGAUUACAACGCAGCCGCACAGCUGUUUCCUUUACUUUUGCGCACAAAUGUAAACGCGUGGGAGGAUAUGGUUCUAUUGUAUCUCGAGCGCGGCCAACUGCCCGCUGUUUUGUCUGUGAUUCCCACGGACAAGGUUAUUCUCAGCCCUGUCGUGUACGAAAUGGUACUUGCCCGCCUGCUGCAUACAAACGAGACACUGCUCUUGGCGACACUCCAGCUCUGGCCCUCGCGCCUCUAUUCAACCCAGGCAGUCGCAGCUGCGGUAAAUGACCGGCCGGUACGCUCUGCGACACUGCUCUUAUGCCUCGCCCAGCUCUACCUUGCCGACCACCAGCCAGGCAAGGCGCUCGAGUAUCUACUGGAGCUGCGCGACCCUACAGCCUUUACGCUGAUUGCCGAGCACAACCUCUUCACCGACGUACAGAACAAGCUGGCAACGCUGGUCGAGUUGGAUCAAGAUUUGGCCGGGACACUGCAGCCAACUUCGAGCUUAGUGAUGCCUUUGCUUGUAGACAACUUGCACGCGGUUCCCACACAACGCGUCAUGGCCCAACUCACACGUUUCAAGUGGCACCGCUACUUGUACUUGGACGCACUCGCGGCGCGCGAUCCUCAUUUGGUGGAAAGCUAUGCAAAUACCUUGAUUGAGCUGUACGCAGAGUACAAUUAUUCAAAACUGCUGCCAUUUCUGCGCACGAUGAGCAAUGUAUACUCGUUCGAGAAAGCGUUCCAGAUUUGUAAAACGCGCGAUUACGUGCCAGAGAUGAUCUUUUUGCUUGGCAAGACGGGCGAUGCUCGCGGCGCACUAAACUUGAUUAUUGAGCGUCUGCACGAUGUGCGUAUGGCCAUCGACUUUGUGAAGCAGCAGGAGGAUGCAGAGCUUUGGGACCAGCUGCUCUUGUACGCACAGCACCAGCCAGCAUUCAUCCGUGGAUUGCUCGAGUACGUCGGCGGCGAAAUUGACCCUGUACGCAUCAUUCAAUUGAUUGGGCCGGGUCUCAAGAUUGAUGGACUGCGGCCUGCGUUGGUAAAGGUGUUGCAGAAUAUCCACAUGCAGCAUUCGCUUUUGGAUGGGUGCAAGGCAGUGCUGAACCGCGCAGCAAAAGAAAUGGUACACCAUUUUCAAGCGGCGGAGAACGCGGCACAGUACUGCGAUGCACAUACUUUGUGUGUCGUGUGCAACACGCCACUCCUGGGAAAUGGACAGACUAUACUCUUGUUUUUGUGUGGCGAUGCUACGCACUUGACCUGUGUUGCGCCAGACGCAGUGCCGCGCAGUAGUGUGCCAGUGUUUCCCCCUGUGCUGCAGACGCAGACACAGAUGCAUGCACAAGAAGCCGAGCCGUGGCUAGACGCAGACGUGGAUUGUGCCGCGCAGCUUUGCUCGCACAUACCGCACGAUCGGAUUGUGCAGACGUUUGCGCAACAAACGCGCGAGCUUGUGCAGCGUCAAGGCUUGCAACGAGCGCGACAAUUGCAAUCGCUUGCGUUCGCACAGAUUGGUUGCCCUGCUUGUGCUGAGCAACGGAAAUACUACCUGUCAGCAUGA